AUGAGAGUUCUUUCGGUACUCUCCACGGCCGCCUUAGCCUCGGCCUUCGUCAUCCCAGACCAAACCACCCUUGAAUCGCUGUCCCUAGAAAAUCAGGAAGUUGAACAAGCCCCCGAGCAUCCGUUUUGGGACAAGGCUCACAAGGCAGAGACCUUUUGGGAGGACCUUGAGGGCGAAUUCCAGAAAGCUGCACACUGCGCAAAGCACAAGUUUGAAGAGGUGGUAGAGUCCACAGAAGCUGCAGCCGUCAAAUACAGCGAAAGGUUUGAAAAUGCAUUCGCAGGCGACGCUUGGUUGGACAGUGCCGAGCAUGACCUGGACCUCGACCUGCUUGAACAUCCUCCGCCCCAUGGGCCUCCUCACCGUGGUCCCGGCAAGCCGGGCAAGAAGCCCAAGAAGCCCAAGAAGCCACACCACCCUCAUCAUGGCCCACCCAAUGAGACUGUGUAUCAGUUGAUCUCCAAGAGCAAGUAUACCACGAAGCUUGCAGCAGUAAUCGAUGAGUUUCCGGAUCUGGUUGAGCUCCUCAACGGAACCAAGGCAAACUACACGCUCUUUGCGCCUACAGAUCAUGCCUUUGAGAAGAUCCCGAAACAUGCAAAGCCACCUAAGGAAUUCCUGAAGAAGCUGUUGACGUACCACAUUUCGGAGGAGUUCUACCCUGCGGGUCGUGUUCUGGUCAGCCGUACCAUUCCGACCGCCCUCCAAGCUGAAUACAUUGGCGACGUCCCGCAACGGAUUUCCACCCAGGUGUCAUUGAGAGGUUUGACACUCAACUUCUAUGCCCGUGUGGUCGCAAUCGACAUCUUUGGAACCAAUGGCGUCAUCCAUGGCCUCGACAGCUUCCUUCUGCCACCUCCAAAGACCGUUGACAUCCUGUCUGCCCUUCCGGGCGAGUUCAGCACCCUCGAUCUUGCUCUGGAGAAGACUGGGUUGUACUCCGCCUUCAAUGAUACCUCAAGCCAUAAGGGUGGUACUUUGUUCGCACCGUCCAACUUGGCUUUCAAGCGACUCGGACCAAAGGUCAAUGCUUUCUUGUUCAGCAGGUUCGGUCUGAAGUACCUCAAGGCUCUCUUGCUCUACCAUGCAGCUGACGAUAUCACGCUGUAUUCCGAUGCUAUUUACAAGCUUGAUUCCGAGUCCCACCCUCCACACCACAGGGUUCCAAAAGGCUUUGUCCAUGUCGACUUGCCUACUGGCCUCGAGGGUAAGAGCUUGAGCAUCGACAUUGCACGAUAUGGUCGACUCAUUACCGUGAAGAUCAACGGUUUUACCCGAGUAAGCGUGCUGGAUGGAAUUGCUGCUGAUGGCGUCAUUCACGUGGUUCCUGUUGUGCUGAUCCCUCCCAAGACCCCUGGAGGCCCCUCCGUUGCUGAGGACAACAUGGACCUGGAAGAGUUUAAGGCCAGACUGGCACCUUUCGUCGAGGAAGAGGAGCCAAGACAUGUUUCAUUCUUUAUUGCUGAAUCUCCUGAACUAUGA